CACCGUGCAGUAAUUCCAUAAAUUCUGAAGUGGCAACACUAGGCUCUGGGUGGGAUAAAAAAUUUGCAACAAGUUUGUUAAAACUUUUUGUUUGUAUUAAGUUUAUUUACAAGUGAAGCUGUGAAACAGUAGUAAGAUGAGUAAUGUGGUGACAGAGAAAGAAUUAUCGGAAAAAAGUGAACUAAAUGGGAAUAGUACGCAAGAUAAAACACGUAAGGAAUGGGUGAAAUUUGAUGACGAUCUUUCGCAAACAAACAUUUCCCUACCAGAAAAGGUGACACCACAAGAGACAUCACCUGUUGCGGAAGCAAGCACGUCGGAAUCACCUGCUUUACCAGCCGUCCUCAGGACUGAAUCGGUUCAUGUGAAUCUAGAAAGGGGCGAUAAACGAAUAGAACCUGUAUCUCAAACGACGUUGACCAAAAAUGUUGAAUUUGUUAACAUACGUCAAGGGUUUUCAAAUGGUGACAUAUUAGUUACUCUGUUACCUGUAAAUAGUCGGUGGCCAUGGGUGACUGCUGCACAGUUUCGACCAGAAUUAGUUCCAGAGGAAUUAAUGGCACAAGGUCUCACUCUUACUGUGGAAGAAUAUGUUCAUGCCAUGGAAUUGCUUGUGAAUGAUGCACGGUUUACUUUGUAUAAUAUAUGUUACAAGCGUGUUCUAGUUUGCUGGAUAACUCUUGCAUUUUUAGUGUUGUUGGCUCUCUUGUUUUCCGGGCUAACAGGACUCACAUUAUUUUCUCUUGGAGUGUUGUGGCUUAUUCUUAAUGCGGCUGCUAUAUUUCUCUGUAUGUGGAUUAAACUUCGUCUCUCAAAAGGCUUAGAGCAAUGCUUAGCAAGAGUUAAUAAACUUUUAAACAAACAUAAAUUAAUAUUAGCACUUGAUGAUAGGGGUAAAAUAUCUUGUCACAAAGUAAACCUGUGUUUUAUUUAUUUUGAUUCCGGACCAUGCAUCACUCAUAUUCAAGAAUUCAUUGAAAGUGAAGAAGGUAAAACUAUUAUGCAAGGAUGGGAACAAAGGUUGGAUGUUCCUGCUAGUGAUAUUGUAAUCCAAGGAAGCCAAACCACAAGAUUAUCUAGGAGACAGGAAAGGGGGGCACUUCUCUAUCUACGGUACGCCGCUCGGUGGGGUGCCUAUGCUGUUAAAAACCGAUUGUCUCUUAGCAGCGUUGUCCCCGGACGCCACGGUGAGAAAUAUGUAUGCCCGUGUCAAUUUAUAGAAGAACACCUUAGAACUAAACCGCCUGCAGGAAUUGCAAAAUUUUUUGCUAUACACAAUCAAAAUAUUCAAUUAUACUGAAAAUUCAUAGAUCUUUUUAUCGAAUACUUAAAUUUUAUAAAUGCCGUUUUAAAACAUUUUAUUAAUUGAAAAUUUCAUUAAAAAUUAAUGUGUGUAAGAUAUUGUAAUUAGUUUUAAGCUCAAAAUGAAGAUAGAUCGGUUACUUUAAAUACAUUGAUCCAUGUUGGUCAGUUUAUAUUGUACGAUAACGUUUGUAUUUUAUGUGACCACGAUUCCGUCCUUUGUGUGCAACAUAUCAGUAUAAUAUUAUGUAUUAUUUAUAAAAUAGCAUAUUGUUAGCAUAUUGUGUAAGUAUGAAUAGUAUUAUUUUUUAAUAAUCCUAUGUAUAUUUUUGAGUAGAUAUUUUUAUUAGUUUUGUGUAUAGUGUAAAUGGAAAUGUAUUAUUAUCGUUACUGUUUUGAGUAAAGUGUUAUAUGCAUAUCAGAAACGUUUUACAAAUGGCUCAGGUAGUAAGAUAUACUUAUUUGUUAAAUUUAUUUUGUGAAGAGACUUGUUUAUUACUGUUUCAUUAUUGGCAGACUGUUUAUUGGUUUGUUUUCGUUCUGUUCGGAAUCUGUUUCGGUACACAUGCGUACUUUAAAGCCCGUACUCUUUUUAAUUUUCAUAUUUUUUAAGUAGUAAAACAGAGCGGUAGCUCGUUUUCUUUAUAGUACGAAUGGAUCGUCACGAGUCAUGACGGAUGUUAACACUGUCAUUUCUCAAAACCAAUAUUGUGUGACGGAUAUUUCAUUUUAUGCGCUGGAAAGUAGUUCCGUCAUGUUACUAAACCCCUAUAUUCCACCAUGUCACCAGAAAAUCUAUAUUUAAUUAGCACUGUACGUGUUCAUGGGCACUUGCGUUAAUUUACUGUGAUCAGCAUACUUCUUGUCCGAUGAUUUACAAUUAAAAAACAUUAUAUGUUUUAUGAAAUUUAUAAGUGUAGUUCGGUACAAAUCAUUGUUAAUAGCCAUAUUUGAUAUAAGUACCAGGUGUUCCUUAUAUCAUCGUCUAUACAAUUUGUGGAUUUGAAUCUCCGCCAUAUUUACGGAGAUUGGUAUACUCCAUUUAUAGAACACGAAUCAAUGGAAAAAUAAGUUAUUAUUAUUAUUGAUUAAAAAUAAAACCACACGUGUAAUGGCAAUCAACCCGAACUCACCCCGUGUGGCAUCGGUGAUUUUCACGCCACACAGCAUCCAAAAAGUGAUUUGACGCCCGCAGCGACCGCCGCGACUAGCCGUGUCGAUUGCAAACAGCUGGUGCUGUACAAUGUGUGUGGGCUCUUCGCGUUGCUGUGGGGUCCUAUUCUGACAUAGGUAUACGUAGGGGUUAAUUCUAAAUCAUCUAAAAUAAUUUAAUCUAGUAUUCGGCGUCCAGUUUGAGGUAGACCUUACAUUGUAUUAUUAGAUGAUUAUGUGUACCCAUUACAAUGGACUCUUCAAAUUUGGUGGGACUCUUCAAAUUUGGUGGGAAUGCAAAGCAACACCUUGUGUAGAGAAAUGGAUUAUAUAGAGAAUGGACUAAGGUCUAAUUGUCUAUUAGAAUGAAUGGCGUUCUUUAUCGAAGCGAGUUACAAGAAUUGUGCAGUCAACGUCGGGCAGGCCGCCAAUCGUAAACUACCCCAAAUCUAUUUAACGUGCGUGAAACGGGCACGUGGAUAAAUAAGUACUACGUUUUUUUGCUAUCCUUUCGAAUAUAAAUUUUAAAUCAAUUAUUAUGAUUUAGGGGUCAUAAAAAAGAGUCCAAUCAAAUAGCAUCAUGCCGAUAUAAUCGUCAAACGCCCUAAGUUGACAAUUAGAUAUUAUCAGAAAUACGGGAAGUAAGUUGUUUGAGUGUAUAUUAUGUUCUUGGAUAAAUUCGUAUAUACUUACAUGGUUUAUGGUUUGAUGUAUGAAAACCUUUUUUGACGGAGUUACGUACCUAUUCAUAAAAUUUAAAAUGUACCUAAUAUUAAUAUCACAACAGAAUAGAACUAGUCAAGUAAUGUAGGUAUUAUCAGAUAUGACAUAAUGAUAGUUACGAUCAUGUUACGAUACAUACCUGUGUAAAAACGAAAAAGAUGACUUUUACAAUAUUAUGUAUAGUAAGCGUUUAUUUUGUUAGUUUUUUUUAAACUAUGGAAUUUCAAAGUAAUACGUACUUAUUAUUAUAAAUUCUAUAACUUAGCUAUUUAUACGUUUUAAGUGCCAGCUAAAAUAUAAAAAAAAACAAGUAAUAAUACUUUGAGGGAAACAAGCAUAUUAUAUUAAAAUCGGGUCUAGAUUUAAAUUUAUUCUAUGAAUCUCGGUGGAUUUGUAACUAUAUACGUCACGGAUCAGAAAGUUAUAAUCUAAUAUAGGAGUAAAAGCAUUCCGAAAAAGGGAAUAGAAUCAUCUAUAAGAGGGAUUCCAUCUCAAGUAUUAUAAACCCCUUUUUAACAUUUUAUUAGGCUGCCAAUCUUCGAUAAAUUUGUACUCAUUGAAAAGAUGAGUUUAUUAAAAAUCUGAUUGUACAAUAUCCAUUACCUAUAGAUAAUGUAUUUUUCUAAGAGGAAAUGUAGCAAUGUGAGUUGAGAAUGAAUUUUACCUUUUUACCUAACAAUAGAAAGAAAUAAUAUAAUCGAAAUAAAGCUAGUUUUCGGCUUUUAUCGCGCUUUUUUAUAUUAUAAUUUUAUCCCGACGUUUCGAAGACUGCAGCCUUCAUGGUCACGGGGGGGACUGAGGUGUUGGUAAAUGAACGAAAAGUUAAAGUUACAUUAUUUACCUACAUUUUAUAAUUAGAUAUAGGUUUUAUAUGGAAAAUUAAAAAAAACGCAAUGAAAUUGGAAAACUACUAUUAUUUCUAAGUCUAACGUUCAUGUAAACAUAAGAAAUCAUUAUAUUAUUAAUAUUUACCUAUGUAUUAUCAUCAAAACUAAUAAUUGGAAUUAGGUUUAAAGUAAUAAAACCAUUUGUUAUUAAAACUAAUCAAUAUGUACAUAAUAUAAUCAAAUGUUUAAAACCUUAUAUAUAUUUAAUUAUGUACUUACCUGUAAUCAAAAGCAAUGUGUUUAUUAUAAUUGACUAAGAUAUUAAUAUACACCUCCUAUCGUUAGAUUUGUAAGAAAUACCUACCUAUUUAUUCUUAAAAUUAAUACGCAAUCUAAUUCACAGAUUUUAUGAUAUUUCGAAAGUUUUACGAUCACAUAAGUUAAACUCCCUCUAGUGUGCGAGUUCGUUUGCGUAAUCAGGUUAAAAAUAUAAAGAGACCUUAUCGUAUGGCUAUAUGUUUCGCGCAUAAACAUAGACUCGAGUUGCGACUCUAUUCUAUUCAGCCCAUGUACGGUCAGUUCCAAAUGAAUGUAUACGUUGGCAGGAACACGGUCCAUAUAAAUUAUGCACUUUAAUAAGAUUGCAUGCAUGUACAUUUGAUUUUCAUCCGCGUAUUUUUUUUUAUUUAUAUAGAUACGUCAAGGUCACCUUCCAGCACCUUUUUCUUUAUAAUCUACCUGAUGGUUAGUGAAUUAUUAGGGCUAUUCAUACCCUUUGGCAGUCGACACAAUUAUGGCGGUCUGUUUGAAACCGAUUUAUACACAGGUUGAUCCUGGGACGCGAUAUACUUUUGUAGACCACUAUGGCGGGUUUUACAUCUUGUUUAUGUUGGUAAAAAUCCGAGCGGACACAAAUAUCCUGUCACUAGCGUAUAUAUUCAUUUGAGACUUAUUCAAUUAUUGCAAUUGGUACUUAUUUAAAUUAAGUAAAAAAAUUAUCACUUCCUUAUCCGAGUGAAACAUGUAGCAAACAGGUACAGACUAAACUGAGCGAUCCUGGGAUUAUUUGCAAGAUUGGGUCAUCUUACAAUGAUUUAGUAUAUAGGUAUAUAGUAUAUACAAACUAUAGUAUCAUUUUGAACUCAUGUAUGUAUUAUAAAUAAGAAAUAAAUGAAUACCGCUUAUAAUAAAAUUGACGAUGAAAGCUCCAUCUUACAUAGGAUCUUGUACUAAAUACAAAUAAAUAUAUAAUCUUUUAUAGUACUAGAUAUUAAAGCUACAGGUGUCUAAGAAGUUGUGAUUCGUAUAACAAACAUUCCGUCCUUAAUCAAGUGUACUUAAAAUCCAUUGUUUCUUAUAUUAUCCAUGUUUUACAUAUUAUAUUAUACUUGUAUUUCAUGUAAAAAUGUUAAAAAAAUAAAUUAUUUUUAACAAC